CUCUAUUUGUCGGCAUCAGAUUUUAAAUAGACUCUAGGCUAAAUGGGAAAAGUCCCUCCAGCUGAGCAGAACUCAUUGCAGGCGAAAAGGUUUUCUGAAGGACUCAGGCUGCCAGUGAGCGGACGCCAGUGAGGGAGAGGGUCGCGCGCCGCCGGAGAGGAACUGACAGCGACGCAGCUGGAGUUCCUCCAUCCGUCUCCGAACGCACGAGCGCGGACGCCUUCGCGUGACCGCCUGGUCUCCGGCAGACACUUGUUUGACACGCGACCAUGACUUCGGUCUGGAAGCGGCUCCAGCGGGUCGGAAAGAAAGCGGCCAAGUUCCAGUUCGUGGCUUCUUUUCAGGAACUGAUACUAGAAUGCACCAAUAAAUGGCAACCGGACAAGCUGAGGGUGGUGUGGAUCAGGAGGAACAGACGCCACAGCACCAAGCUCCACAGCUGGCAGCCAGGGAUAAAGAACCCCUACAGAGGCCUGGUGGUCUGGCAGGUUCCAGAGAGCCUCGACAUCACCGUCACACUCUUCAAGGAGCCCACUGCAGAGGAGUUUGAGGACAAGGACUGGACAUUCGUCAUUGAAAGUGAGACGAAAGGUCGCAGGAAGGUGUUGGGCUCCGCCGAGGUCAACAUGAAGAAGUUUGCCAGUGCCACGCCGGCCCAGUAUGACGUAACGCUGAAGCUCAAGCCGCUGUCUGUCAAAGUGGUGGAGGCCACGCUCAAGCUCCACCUGUCCUGCAUCUUCCUCAGAGAGGGCAAAGCCACGGACGAGGACAUGCAGAGUCUGGCCAGUCUGAUGAGUGUGAAGCAGAGCGACAUUGGGAAUCUAGACGAUUUUAACGACAGCGACGAGGACGUGGGCGAGGAACGGAGGAGCAGCUUCGGACAAGUUACCCACGUUUCCGCGUCUGCCCCUUGUGCCACAAGACUACACGAUCUGGCUUGGAGGCCUGCACUCGAAUCAGGUUCCUCAGUAACCUCAGAGAUGGAUUGGAAAACGUCCUCUGGCAUUUUCUCCAUCUCUGCCCCAUCUCUUCCUCCGUUGCCCCAGCCCCCAGACCCCUCCCUUCCAUUUCCUCUAUCGCAAAUCCAAACACGGGCCCAACGGGCUCGGGCCUCCCACUAUGCCUACACAUUGCCAGCCUUCACACCUGCUCACCCUCCUGCCCUUCCCAAAAUCUUCCAACCCAGAGCUGGAGCAGCUCCUCGAAGGCCCCAUAGCUUCCACUGUGGUUCUUCUAAAGCUGACGGCUUGGUUGGCCAGGCUUUCUUCACUUUUACCCCUCCUAGAUCCCUCUCCACCUCCUCUCUGUCCUCCUCCGAGUCCUAUCUCCAUCCUCCUGCUUUCUCUGAAACCUCACGAACAGACUUUUCCAGUGCUGCGAGCUCGCACAAUGUUCCUUCCUCUUCUUCUACCGCUCCAUCCUCCUCCUCAGCUCCUAGCAACUCCUUCCCUCCUCCACCACCUUCUUUACUCAGACAACACAAAGCUCAUCUUAGCCUCACCAGACCCACCAGUCUGCCGUCUGCCUCUGACACAGCUUCCUGGCAGAGUGAAUGGAGAUCUCCUAAAUCUAAGACCCCCCUUGCACAACCUGAACUCUCCCCCACGUUUCUACAUUUCUCUAAGAAUGAUCCUGGACGGUCUGCAGUGGAGCAGAAAAAACAGAGAGUAGAAAUGCCAUCUUCAUCCAUGGUGCAGUCUUUGGAGCAGAAACCUCAGGGCGGGUCUGGACAUGUUCCUUCCUGGGGACCCCUCUUCCCCCCUACAGUAGAGACCCCCUCACCUUCUGCUCUAAGUCCUGCUUCUGCUCCUCUGUUCCCUGGCCUUCCACCUCCUUCUCAGCCAAAUCUAUACAAAUCUGUCGUAGCCUUUUCCAGUGACCAAGAUCCAGAAUUCAAAAGACAGUUGAGCACGUUGAGUGAAGAGGACAAUCAGUGCCCAGCACCUCCAAGCCUCGAUGCUAGAGCCUCACGCAUCCAGAAGCCAGAACGGUCCAGGGCUACUGUCCAGCAGAGAGAUGCACAUUUUGGAAUAGAGGUUGUGAGAUCAUCACCAGGUCCUACAAGUUUGCCCUCUGUUCUGACUCCUAACGCCAGAAUGCCCUCAGCCCCAGGGCAGAAAUAUUUUGAGAUGCCAAAACCACAGCUGGGUCAGGCGGAAACGAGGACAUUCUCCCACAUCCAGUCUUCACUUCCUCCUGCAUCUAAUCAAAACCCUGGUUUUCAUAAUCCAACAUCUCCUUCAGUCGAAGAGCAUCCGUAUAAACCAAACAGUCACUUGUCCAAGAAGUCGGUUCAAUUUGGGAUUCCAAUAGUGCAACCUGCCACCUCCCAACCUGUUACCAGAUCACUUCAGGGACCUUUCCUGCCUGUGUCUGAUAUUGCAACUACUGACACAAAAUGGAUGCCAAAAAAAGGCGUUGCCCAUAUCAUAGAGCCUGUAACUUUUGAAUUAGGAAAAGACACCAGUUCUUUUUCUCCAGUGGUGAUGAACAACACACCAGAAGCUCAAUCUGGAGAACAGUCCACUUCAACAAACUUAAAGUUGGAUGGGUCGCAGACAGACACUCAAAAACUGAGCCCUACUGUUUCAGUUCCAUUUGUGGAUGAGAAAAUCACCCAGCACCGUACAACACAAAGUAACACCUUUAAACAAGUCACUUCAAGACCCAGCUCUGCUUUGGAGGUCCUGUCAAAUCCACUAGACAAAUUAUUAAAACAAGAAGAAUUGAGUCUGAAUUUUGAACCAACUUGCACAAAAAACUUUGUUAACACAACAUUAAAGGAAAGAAAAGUAGAUGCUUGGCCUUUAGAUAAAGGACAACUGAGUGAAAGAGACCAGGGGGUUACACAGCCACUUGAGCUGCCAAGGUCUUCAGUCAGCACAGAAGAAACCUACAUGUUCACAUCUGAAGUAAAACUUGGUCCUUUGUGUCCACAAGCAAGUACUAUUUCUCAUUUACCAUCCCCUAUAAAGCCUGAAGCUCUGAUUGUGGCAGCAAUGGGAAUACCAAGCACCAUCAAAUUACUUUCACUCUGCCCACAAUAUUCCAGCAUUCCUGGCUUGACAUCUUUACAUCAGUCCCAACUCAUAGCUUGGCCAGGUGAUACUGAAAUACUGAUGCAGAAGACAUCCAGCAAGAGAUUGACAUUACAUCUGCAUACAGAUUACACACGUUUCCUUGAGGAAAGUGUUACAGGAUUUGCAAAAAUGGUGGAUAUGACACCAUCCUGCUGCAGGUCUUCUGGUACUCCUGGAUUCCCCUCUCUUUUGAAAUGUGCAGCAACUAUGGCUUACCUUUUACCUACAUGUGCUAGAAGGUCUAGGGUUCCAGGUGUAGCUUCUGUUGAAGUAGUACUUGAAUAUCAAAAGAACGUUUGGGAAAACCAUUCACUGUGGAAGAAACCUCUGCAAAUGAAGAAAGGGCUUGUUAACUGUAUUUCAUGUGCACAGCAAGCAUCCCAAUUUGCUCAUGUUGACAGAGCCAUGGUGACCUUAUUCGCAACAUGUGCUAAAAAAGCAAGUGUUCCAGGAUUUCCCUCUGCACAAUUACAGUGCCAAGAUUCUAGCAAAACCUGCAAACCCAAAGUCACCUAUUUGCCGAACAAGGAGCCAUUUGGUGGUCAAGUUCAACGUCUGGAUAUGGACAGACAUACCUUAAUGGAGAAGAAGUCUAAUCCAAUAUUAAACAUGUCUAGUAUUAUCAGUCUGGUACCUCAUCAGACCCAAAUUCAUGGGAUGCUCUGUCAAUAUCAGAGCAAUUCUAAGAAUAACGAAUGGCAUGGCUUGAGAAGCGCAAUAGACAAGAAAGUGGAAAAGAAAACACAAGCUUGUAAACUUCAGUGGACCCCAGAAGACACUGUGAUGUUUAAAGAUAUGGUAAACCUGUUGAGAAGUUGUCCACAAAACACCAAAGUAUUUGGGCUCCCCUCAGCUCCAGGACUAAUACUCAGCCCUCAAGAUAGUGGAGUCUUUGGUUUGCCUUCCAAGAAACUUUGUUCAUCCAGCUGCAAGGAAUGGUUUACUUUCCCACUUUUACAGCCCCACAUUCAUUGUGUCAAAAGGGAAGUAAAGAUUUUAGAUGCAAUUCCUUGUUUUGAUAGAUACAUUGUUAAAAGUAUGACUGCACUACUACCUUCUUGCCCUCAGAAUGCUAGUGUACCUGGGUUUCCCUCUGCUCCGACACAGAGAUUAUUGGAUAACUCAAUUGUGGUGAAUUUAUUGCCUAGUUGUACAAAAGAGUCUAGAGUUCCUGGAAUGCCUCUUAGAAAUAUGACCAGGCAAAAUGAGUGGCUAACAGAAAGGCAGUAUUUGCUACCUGCAAAGAGUAAAUCAUCAACUAUGUUACAUUUAGAGGAGCUAAAGGUUGCCUAUUUUGAUUCUGAUAUAAAUGUAAAUAUGGUGUCCAUUCUGCCCACCUGCUCACAGAAUGUUUGUUUAGCAGGCUUUCCAUCUGUAGAUUUACCAAAAAUGAUUAAUCUGCUGCCUGCCUGUCCAAAACAUUCUGGGGUUUAUGGAAUACAGUCUAGAGUCCACUGUGAGUCUGAUGAAGCGAAACGGAAUAUAGGUAAUAGACUAUUUUGGGAAAGGUCAUUAACACACCCAGGAAAACAGUAUUUGCCAAUAUAUCACUAUAAGAUGUAUUCCAUAGAAAUGUCAGUGGUUGGAAUUAUGUUGUCAAUGUUGCCACCCUGUCCCAGACACUCAAAUAUUUCUGGAAUCCCCUCUAAGGUAUGGGAGAGACCAGUGGAAGUGCUUAAAGAGGCUCCCAGCAUGCUAAAUAGCUCAGCAACUUUACAGGAACGUGAUCAAAUUCUUGGUCUCCCUACAAAGCAUUGUGCAAAAACACAUGAUGGCUUGUUUGGGGACAUGGAUGCAGUUUGGCAACAUCCAUUUAAUAGAGAGCAUCCAGCUGUUUGCCAAGAUUUGUCUGAUGAGAGGUUAAGCAAGGACAAUGACAUGAUGCUGAGUUUGCCAGUGUUUUGUCCCCAACAACCCCUAAAUCCUGGACUUUCAACAGCUUUAAAACAUCCAACUAAUCCAGCUAUGGAACAAUUAAGGCAAUGUUGCCCAAACCAGUCAGGUAUCGCUGGCUUCCCUUCACUUAUGUCACAUUCUACAGUAGGAAGUAGGACAAUGAUGAUGACCAAGGACUGCAGGAUGUGUCACAAAGCGGGUGAUUCUCACAGGAAUAUGAUGAAGACUAUUUGUUCUUCUGAGUUUUUUUUACUAUCUGACACAAAACAGCUUUCAGAUAUGAUAAAUAUUGUGCCCUCUUGCCCAAAGUAUACUUCUGUUACUGGCCUACCAUCAACACAAGUGCACUAUUCACUACAGGGGUGGCCAGUUCCAACCAUGCAGUUAGUGAAGUCAGGAGCGAAGAAAGAAAAGGAUGAACAAAGCCCAAUUAGUCAUCAACUGCAGUCGAUAUUCCCUGGCCACGCCUUACCAGAGGAUGUACAACAGAGAAUGACUAGAUCAUCAACCUGUCCCACUGAGAGUAUUACCAAAGACUUUCCAUCAGUGCAUUCUGAAUGGCUCCAAGUGGAUAAGCUAUCUUCUGCAGAACAUGCAACUGAGAUAUUAUGGGAUGGGAGCUGUCCAAUCCAAUUAGAUUCUGAUUUAAAUGAAAUUCAACCUAAUGUGUUCUCAACUUCGGAGAUACAAAAAGAUGGAAGGGUCUAUUGGAAACCUAUGGAGAUUGAACAUAGCACUGUUCUUGAAAAAGGAAUCUUGCAUUGCAGUAUAUGGCACUCCAUUCCUGACAUGCCACUUAUAUUAAGUGUCAGGAAUAGACAUGAAAGUAUGGUUUUACAGCCACCAUGCACAGUUGUUGCUGAUGCUGCAGAACGUCCACCUCAUAGCGAGCUAGAGAGUGUCGGACAACACUUGGGAAAGCUUGCUACAACAAGGGCCUUGCACUGGGAGGAGCUACCGAUGGCUGCCACACAAAAGCGGCACAUGGACAGGACUAUACAAUGGGAGGAGCUACCAAAGAGAACUACAGAGGAAAAAGGAUCAGAGGCGGGAAGAAACGAGACAACAGAAAUGUCCAGUAUUGUCGCAUUACCUCCUGGUGCUGCAUUAAGGCUGUACACCAAAUAUGAAAUAACCACAGAGGCUGAGCUCUGCUUCCCUGCUACUGGGGAACAGCCACAUGAAUGCCCAUUGGACAUCAAGUCUACAGAGAACAAGUCAUGUACAGUUAAUGAAACUAUGAUUACAAAUCAUGCUCCUCAGUCAAAAGAUGAAACAGGUCUAUUUGAAGAAAUUGUAACUCUUAAUUCUUUCAAACCAAGUGAACAGAUUAUGCUUCAUAAGCCUGAAACUCAUUAUAAACAGUCCACCUUCUUGGAAGCUUGUCCUGUGACAACAGAAAUUGCUGGCCAUCCAUCAAUGCAGAGUCCUGACAGCAAAGACUGGAACACUAUUCAUCAGCCAUUGUGGGAGAGACAAAUCAAGCAGGAGUCCGUCUUACUACCUGAGACCGAUAAACAGGUUGAAGACAUGAUAGGAAUUGUUACAUUUGCACAAAGUUGCCCAAGAGAGUCGUGCAUUUUUGGUUUCCCAUCUCUACCAGAAGCUGGAAUAAAUAAUGUUGGCAUGACAAAUAUAAUCAGUUUCUCCAACUCAUGCUCUAAGGUGUCACAGAUACUAGGAUUUCCAUCAUCUCAUAUUUUAAAAGAGUGGAGGGUGAGUAAGGAACCACUGUUGCAUCCAAGAAUGAGAGAAAAGGUGUCAAUUAUCGAACUGUGCAAAAGAGAUCAAAGAGAAAUGAAAGCAAUGGUUUCCUGUGCACCAUCCUGUCCAAAAAAGCCACGGACACAAGGAUUCCCCUCACACCCACAGCCACCGUCUGUGCAUAAUGCACCAGAUGCAAUGAGCCUUUUUACAUUGUGCUCCGACAUUUCUGGAAUACCUGGCUUCCUAUCAUUUAAUGGCGUUAUGAAUUCAGGAUGGGUAACAAAACAGUCUCCAUUGUUAAAGAGACGGUCAAUGAAGGGGGUUAUAUUUGAAACACCAAAUGACAAGAAGACAGUAAUGAAGGACAUGGUGUCCUGUGUACCAUCCUGUCCUAAAAUGUCAGUUAUUCAUGGUUUUCCAUCUAUUCCAAAUUCCCAAAUUGUCCAUUGUGGCUUUAAUGUAAUCCACCUUUUUCCGUUGCUCCCCUUAUGUUCUACCAUACCUGGAUUUUCCUCAGUUGAAGGGAAUGAGAAGAAAGGAUGGGUUGUUGAAGUCAGUUCAUUUAUGCACAGGCCAGACAAGCAUGCUAUGCUCAGGAUCAGGAGCUCAGCAGUUAAAACAGACAAGCCAAAUAACAUGUUUAGAUUAGUUCCUGCUUGCCCAGGACAAUCGAAGAUUCAUGGCAUCCCAUCUCUUCCCCAAUACAAUAUGCCAAAUCUAGUACCUGUUUGUCCCAAAGUAUCCAAUUUCCCAGGAUUUGCAUCAUUUGAAGAUACCUCAAAAUUCCAGUGGAUUGUUGAUCACUUCCUUUCAUAUCAUAAGCUUAGCAAAGAAACUGGUUUUGUGAUUCAACAUAAAAAUCAAGAAGGAGCAACCACAAAACCAAUUUCGGCCUUAGCACCAUCUUGCCCAGAAGCAUCCGGGAUUACUGGGUUCCCCUCUGCCCCCCACGCUAAGCCUGAGAUUAAACCCAGUAUAAGUUUCAUACAGUGCUGUUCCAGAGUUUCAAGUCUCAAAGGAUUUGCCUCUAUGACAACAUUACCAAGCACAGACUGGCUAAGUGGAACAAAAAUCAUCUUUAUAAAGCCUCGGAUGGAGAGGGCAGAAAUGAUCAUGGCAUAUGAUCAACAGGACUGUCAAUACUGCUACAACACAAAAAGCAUGGUAACGUUAGUGACAUCUUGUCCCAAAGAGGCCAGAGCCCAGGGUUUUCCCUCAGCUGAAGCUGUACGUAGACCACCAAACAUGGUCAGCUUAUAUGCAGCUGUGCCACGUGUUUCACUUGUUCCAGGAUGUCCAUCAGCAAAGACGCUUAACUUUGAACGUAUGAAAACCUGGACAAUACUCAGCCAGACCAUUUCUGAGAAACUGCAGAAUGAGAAUGUGUUACCUAUCACCAGCUUUCCAGGAAAACACAGAGCUAAAGACAUGAUAACAAUGGCUCCAACCUGCCCACGCUUGACUCAGACACCUGGGUUGCCCAGUAUUUUACAUCUUAUUCCAGCAAUACAAGAAUUGCCUCCACAGUCCACUCAGUCACUUAGGAAAGACACAAGAGAUUCUAGUGUUUCCUGUGAAACCUGUGCAGAACCUGCCUUUGGUGAGAACUUAGCUAAGAUCCAAAUCAUACUAAUUUUCCUUUUCUCUAUGUCUCUAUUCAUCUAUUUAUUUCUUUGCUUUUUGGUGACAGAGAAAUCCAAAGAUGGUGAAAAGCAAAAAACAUAUGUUUCUGUAGAUAGUGGCAAAGCAGAAGAGGAAGCUCAAACAAUGAAGAAAGCACUGGACACGGCAGAGCCAGUGGUUGCCUUGGGCUGGGAAGUACUGGAGGGACCAGAUACAGAAAACCAGACAGAGUCCUCUGAGACGUCAGGAUUAGUACAGGCUAUUGUGGGUGUUUUCCACAAAGGUUAUGAGAAGGUAGCAUCUAUUUUGGGGCCAUCUAGCUCUGCUUCGGUUAAAGUGGAUCAUUCACCGAGGCCCAUAGAGGCUGUCACAUCUAUGGGAGUGGAGGACAAGGCGGUGACUCAUUCAGAUGAGUUUGUUCCACAUGACAACACAGCUCCUGUACAGAAGGUUGAGGGACACGUUGAAGACAUUGACCGCAAACUUGACACUGAACAUGCACCGAGUGUUGAGCCUAUCAUGGGGGACUUACUAGACGAUCAAGUGUCUCCAUUAAAAACUACCAACAGUGAAGAUGAGUUGUUAGUUGGUGAAAGUAUGAAGAAAUUGCCUCCAUUGGCAGAAGGUGACUUAACCAAAACAUCAGUUGAAGACAAUGAGAGAUCAGAAGUCCCAGAGAAAAUUGAACGUUUGUUAAUGGAACACCAAACUGAGGAAGAACAUGAUGAGGUUAAGACCAUGUUGCCUUUGUUACAGCUGGAUAAAUGCCCCCAACUAACAAGCACAGAAGACAUUUCUGCUACUUCUCUGAAGUCUACAUCAAAUGAUCUACUUACUGACCAAAGCCAACUCAAGGACGUACUCCAGGAUAACGUUAGCUUAUCUUGUGGCACAAAGAAAGCAGACAGUAGUGGUCUGGAGGAAGUACAAGCACACACAGAUGAUCAUAAACACAAACAGGAAGUUGAAUCUGUGCAAAUCAUUGCCGAUGUUGUGCCUUCUAAUCACGUGAAGAGAACAGAUGACGGUUUACCACCUACUACUCAGAAAACUGCUCCCUGCAAGCCCCUGAGGAGAAAAGACAAAAGGACACUGCAUGCAGACAGCACAUGUCAGCAGACGGACUCAGACUCUUCCUGCUUUAGAGACAUAGAACAAUCCUCAUGCUCCAACGAAUGGACAAAAACCCAUGGUACACCUGCCCAGGCCUCCUUCCAUAUAAUCUUUCCCUUUAAAAAUACAAAGGGAAAUAAGUUCCCCACCUCAAAGCCAGAACCAGAAAGAUCUAAUGUUGAGCAAACUGCUCUCCCCCAACGUGGUAAGAAGCUGUUUCCAAGCAAAUCUGGCCAAGUGGACAUGAACAAAAGACUUGGAGAACAGAAUGCUGGUACAAACAGGGAGCCAGAGCCAGUUCAGAUCAGUUCAUCUGGAAAUAUGGAAAAAACAAAGCACUCCGUGGUUUCUAGUGAGAUAUUGAACAUGAUUAUUACAUCUUCUGAGAAGUCAGAGGAUUUAGGAGACACAGCUGAGGGAGACAAACCACCGACUCAUCCUAUCCCAAGGCCCCGUGCAAGAAAACGUGUGAGUGGGUCCUUCCCAGACGACUUUAAAGCUACUGAUAGCACGUCUCAGGCUUCCCACAAAGAAGAGAUACGGUCAGCAAAGCAAGCUGCUCCUUCAUCCAUUUCUUCAACAAGCACAACCUCGCCUUGGCCUCCUUUGGGUGACCAGACAAAGACUGAAGAAGAAAUUAUGAAUGUACCACUGAGGAGAAGCAGAUUAACCACUGAUAGCAAUGUUCAACCAGAUGAUAAUAAUACUCCAGAGGACACACUAACAUCCUCACACCUGCCUGUUCCAAAGCCAAGAGUAAAGAAACGCCUCAGUGAUUCAUUCUCAUGUGAUGUUAUAAUUCCAGGUUCAUUGCAUCCCCUGCUCCCGGACACAGAGGCUGAUAACCUUUGUCCUGAAGAACAGAAUGAACAGUCAGGCUUGCCUGUUGCAUUACCCCGAGCAAGAAAACAUCUAAGUGUAAUUUAUUCAGAAUUCACAGCAGGAAAUGAAUCUCACCUGGAAGUGGAAAAAUCUCCAGAGGAUACAAAUAGCACCAGCAAGGAAACAACAAAAGGGUCGACAUCACUGGAUUCAAGUGUGGUAUCUGAAAUAGGUUCUGUCACAGUCCAAGACAAAGAUGAUGAGACUUCGCAGUUGGAACAGGAAGUGCUAGCAGCAAUGCUAGAGGAAGAUCUUCGGCCAGACUCUACAGAAGCUAGUGAGAAGGCCCUGGAUGAAAUAAUUAAAGACUGGACCUUUACAGAUGCACCUGUUAAAGAUGAGCAAGAAGAUGCUACACAGCUGGCGUCAGAGCAGGCCAACGAGAGGACAUCGUCGUCUCAGGAUGACUGGCUGAACAUAGACAACAAUAAAGGCAUUGAACAAGUAGAGGAAAACUCCCAGGAAGAAAUGAAAGAGGAAGAUGUGGACUUUGGCUUUGUGUCAGUAGUAACUGCUGGUUGUUUAGAGGAUAAAAGUGAGAAAGCAGAAGAAGCUUCACCUCAAGCUGUGCCAGUGCCUCGCGGCAAGAAGCGACUGAGUGGUUCUUACCAGGAUGACAGCAAGUCCCAAGACCCUUCUGUCCAUCAAACCAAUGAACCAACAACUCCCCAGAAAAGACCUGUAGAUGGUGCUGCCUCUCCAGAAGGCCAGCUGGCCAGUCCCACCCUAGUGAUGUCCAGUCAGUCUCUGCUGGAAUGGUGUCAGGAGGUCACACAGGGCCACAAGGGAGUGAAGAUCACCAACUUCAGCACCUCUUGGAGGAACGGCCUGGCCUUCUGUGCCAUGCUGCAUCACUUUCACCCAGAAAAGAUUGCCUUUGAAAUGUUGGACCCGUACGACAUAAAGAAUAACAACAAAAAGGCCUUUGAUGGCUUUGCAGAACUUGGCAUUGCUCGGCUGAUUGAACCUUCAGACAUGGUCAUGCUAGCAGCACCCGACCGCCUCAUUGUCAUGACCUACCUCAACCAGAUCCGCACGCAUUUUACGGGACAGGAGCUCAGUGUGCUUCACAUAGAGAAGGACAGCAGCGAGUCCAGUUACGCGGUAGCAGGGGACCGGGAUCGACAUCAGGACCCCGACGCAACUGUUCGCUACUGCGCCCAGAGACUUCAGGAGGAGGGCAUAAGUUUUGAGACCAACGGGACAUCAGCAAAGGCAGAGAAGGACAGCAGCACCAGUAAGAAUAUAGUCCCUCCUCCCAGAACCAAGCGGGUACAGGUUGCUGGGGCAGGUCCAUCUCAGUCUCCAGUGGCACCAGCAAGGAGUAAUAUUCUGUCCAAGUCGGGCUUCUCUCAUGUCAGAGACGCUGAUCUAGUGAAGAAGCGUAGGUCACAGCGGAGGAGUGGGUCACUGGAUGAAGGAGACAAAUCCACAGUUGUUCCAGGUCAGGAGGAACCGAAGAAAUCAGAAAGUGAGAAAGCAGAAGCAGUGGCUGAAGAGUGGAAGCCAGAAGGCCAGGAUCCCAGUCAGUAUGUGCUUCAUGAGAUGGCAGCCCUGGAAGCAGAGCAGAAGCACGUUGAUACCAGAGCAGGUGUAGUGGAGAGGAAACUCAGGCAGUUACUGGAAACAGGCAGUGACAAGGUGGAUGAGGAGAGGUCGAUUCAGGAGUGGUUCACGUUGGUAAAUAAGAAGAACGCUUUAAUCAGGAGACAGGACCACCUGCAGCUGCUGUUGGAAGAACAGGACUUGGAAAGAAGAUUUGAGCUGUUAAACAAAGAGCUGAGAGACAUGAUGGCGAUUGAAGAAUGGCAGAAAACCCAGGCUCAUAAACAGAGAGAACAGCUUCUGCUUCAGGAGCUGGUGUCACUGGUCAACCAGAGAGAUGAGCUGGUUCACAAUAUGGACGCCAAAGAGAGAGGAGCUCUGGAGGAGGACGAGCGCCUGGAGCGAGGUCUGGAGCAGCGAAGGAUGAAGUUCUCUAAACAGCAGAAGGAGAAGUGUGUGAUUCAGUGAUUCCAUCGGUUUCAUCUGCUGUCAGACCGACGGCUGUGGUUGAAGUAGCAGUGAGAUGGUAAUUAGUUGAGGACAGUCAAGCUCCUCAACAGACAAGGUGUGAACCAGAAUGAGGAGAGAAUGCACUUUAAGGAGAGAGACUCCAGUGAACCAGUGAGUCCAGCACAUUUAAAAAUUGUAAAUCAGUUUGGAAAGUUAGUUUAAAUGUGGCAUUAGGCUCCAGUUUAAAAUCAAACUAAUUUGAGUAGGGAAGCACUAUGACUUCAGCGUCUUCUUAGCAACUAGUUUUCAAAACAGACCAGAUGCUCAGAACCAGGAAGGUUUAAUUCAUGGUCAGUCCAGAGACAGAGCUGUCUGUGGCAUCAGACUGUGGCUUUGUAGUUUCUGUGUGAUGCUUGUGUUUCACUUUAUGACAAUCUUUACCCAUUGACCAUGUGAAUUUGAGUGGAAAUUCUUGGUAUAGAUAUAAGAAGGGACUGUGGUUCAGUUUCAAACUACUGACGAUGGUUGUUGUCAUAGUCAAAGCCAGAGUUGAAUGUGCAAAACAAAACACUGUGAUGUGUUUGUCACCACAGUUGCCUUAUUAUCAAAAAGUGCUUCAUUUUAAAGCAGGUUAAAACUUGUUGUCUUAGAUCUACUUCACCCCCACGAGUGUAUUUAUUGAUAUGGUGAUUACAUUGAAAUGUAAUGUUGUGUCAUUCAGCCUUUGUGUUUGGAUAUUUUCAUUCUUUGGUUUAUUUAUUCUUGAAGUGUCAAAUGUAUGUAUUGCUGUAAAUAAGUAAAACAUCUGAUAUGCUUUGGCUUUUUACAUUUGAUAUGUUAAAAUGUUGACAUUUUAAUGUUGCCAAGUGAUGAGAAACAGAUGAGAUGAUACUGAUGAAAGAGCAAGCAGUACAAGAGAAAGGUUCUAGUAUUGGAACUCAGGAAAUCCUGACAUUUAUUAUUCCACUAACAUUUGGUCAAAAUAUACUUUUUAUUGUACAGAUGUAGUUUUUCUCCCUAAGAAACAUGAACCUGAAUGAGAAAAGUCAUAUGCUCUCAGUAAAUCUAAAUCUCCAGCUUCCACAUUGUUUUGCACUGAAAAGAUCCAUUUUUCCUGAGUCCUGAGAGAUUUAAAUGUUGUGUAAAUGUUUGCAGUUCUCAUGUUGCCAUGUGACUGGUCACAUUUACACCUGUGUGAAUUAGUUCCAGCUUGUGUAUAGGAUUAAUGAAAAAUGUUUUAUUUGUGGUUUUAUUGUUACAUUUGCUCUGUGAUGUUUGGAAAAUAUAAGAAGCUGAAUGA